GGUUCCCGCCAUCCGUUCGCGCUUUUCUGCCGAAUGUGUUUCUUUUUGUUCGUCUGCAAUGGAAAGUUCACGCGAGGCAGUGCUGCCUUUUGCAAUUGUGAAAUUUCUGGAUGAAAGUGUGGCUGUGGUGGCAUGCUCCUGGAUAGAUGAAGAUGGAUGUCGAUGGCCCCCUUCAAAAGAUAGGAAAAACAUUGGAGCACUGGUCCGGAAACAAAAAGAACCAGAACCCACAUGGAAGCAACUUUCCUGCAAGGUGCUGGAGAGAUAUGCAACAUAUGAUGCAGCUCGGGCAAAUUUGUCUCUGGCUGAAGAGACAUCCGAUCUCAAUGCUGAGAUUCAGUAUGGUCGUGGCAAACGCAAGAAAAGAAGCGCCAUAUACUCUGAUAGCGAGGAAUCUCGGCCACCUACCCCUCCUCCACCUUCUCGUAUUACACACAAAACCACGGGGCAGGUUGCAAAAAGCAACACCAAGGGCAAGGCUCCGCCAUUUUCAUCUAGAUCAAGCCAGCAAGAGAGCACACCGCACUAUACUUCACAGUCACUUAUUGACGAUAUGGUGGAGGAGAAUGCUAACAUCUUGCCUCUUCCUGAAAUGCAAAGUCAGCCUCGACCAUCCCCUUUUAGUGACCCUCAAGGAGCAAGCUUCCAUGGACUGCACAGGGCACCACGUCGGCUACCUUCCGACUUUCAUGGAACUCGAAUUCCCGAACGCAGCUACCUUAGCCAGAGGUGCACUAACGGUGAUGAGUACUCGUUCUCGCAGAGCAGCCUCCAAGAGUGUGAACGACAACCGUAUGAACAUAACAGCCAGGCCCCGGCAACUUAUGGUGACAAGAGGACUUUCAGCAGAAGACCUGCGCAGCAGCAACUAAUCGAUCAUUUUCAUAAUGACAAUGAUUUGGGAUGCACACCAUCCAUUUUGAGAGAAGUUUUGCUCAGGAUUGCAUCUUCCACAGCUAGAGAGUCACAAAGGUCUCUGUCAGAGAUAGCAGGAGAUUCACGUUCAAGACAAAGAUCCUACGGCAACAGCAGUGAUGCUUCUACAGCAAGUCAGCCCAAAGCAGAAUUUGAGAAGAAGGUCAUCAGAUCCUUGAACAUGAUAACGCUUCGUCUUCAGCAGCACUCGGAACAACUAGACGUCAUAACUUCACAUUUGCAAAAGCCUCGGGAUCUAAGUAAAGAUGAUGUCCUCACAGAGCCCUUUACUGAUGUGGAGAGUCUGCUUGCCUUUGACAGAGGACUUCAUGCAUCGUCUGGAAAGAGAGAGAAACUGGUGCGCAAGCUAGACUGAUAGGCAUGCUUAGAUGGAGACUGAUAGGCUUAGCUGGAGAGCAGGUACCCUGCAAGUACAGAAUUAGUCACACACAUGCGAUGCACAUACUGUGUGAUAUUUGAGGUAGUGUAAUAUGUAAUACUAAAUCAAUCAUUAACACUUCACCUUAAGAGGACAUACCACCCCCUGUUUUCUAUGUGAACUUUGCAUAGGUUUUGUGGCUGAACUACGAGACAGAUCGUAUUGCGGAAACCUUCAUUGGAAAGGUGACGUCAAGAUCUCUUAACUCUGGGAACUGAAAUAUCGCUCUAGCGUUGUAAUUUUUUUUUACGGACCCCUGAAGGUGGGAACCCCUCUGUUUUCUAUGUGAACUUUGCAUAGGUUUUGUGGCUGAACUACGAGACAGAUCGGAAUGCGGAAACUUUCAUCGGAAAGGUGACGUCAAGACAUCUUAACUCUGGGAACUGAAAUAUCGCUCUAGCGUUGUAAUUUUUUUUUUAAAAAGAAAAAGAAAUGAAUUUUGUCGCUACAGCUUCAAAAAAUCCAAAUAAAUAAAUGAAAGCAAAUAAAAACAAUCCGCUUCUGAGGUUAACCGGGGACAUGUUUCAGGAUUCAAAUGACGCGUUUUUUGUGUGUUUUUAGCAUUCUGUUUUUCCGAAAAAGAAUUAAA